UGCAAACGUCGUUUGGGCUCGAGUGACGAAGCGCCUCUCGUUACAGGCGGAAACGGUUGAGCAUGAAGAACGUCUUGCUGCUGGGUAUGGACGGUGCGGGGAAGACGGUGCUGCUGCGCCGCCUACGCCACAUGUGCGUGGACGAGAAGCCAAAGUACUCGGGCCUGACGCGGCUGUUAUUGCGGCGCGACGACAAGGCGGCGGCGACGCCCCAUUCGACCUUCCACAUCACAACGCCGACGACAGGCAUUGAGGAAGAGACGUUGUCGCACAGUGGCGCCCCAUUUACGAUCAAGGAGGUCGGUGCACCGAUGCUCUCCAUGUGGCAAGCGUACUACGCCCAGUGCGAUCAGUACCUCUUUGUCAUUGACGUCUCGAACGCGCCGCAGCUCGCGAGCGCCACCAUGGAGCUCUUCAACAUCCUCCACAACGAGACGAUGGCGUUAAAGCCUGGCUGCAUCGUCCUCAACAAGAUCGACUCCCCGCUCUCGCUGCCCACGUCGCUCCUGAGGUCUCUCCUUAGCUUGGACCAGCUCUCGAGCUUGGCCAACAUUGAGAUUGUGCGCCUGAGUGCGCUCACGGGCGAGAAUGUGGGCACGGUGCUUCAUUGGAUAUCAGGACGGACCCAAGGCAACCUACGGCUGAGCGUCUUUGACGCCAACUACAGCCGCGUCCACCCCGCCGCUGUCUAAUGCGUAUCGCUGUAGAUUGAGCUAAGCCGAGGGCAGUAGAGAGUUGUGUAAUAAUCACCCGCCGCUGUCGGAGGUCCCAGUAGUAUGGACAGGACAUAUAGGUGGUAGUUGUCCUACCUC